GACCGCCUGGGGCUGUGCGGUAGGGAUGCCCGUGUGCGUCCUAUCUCAUCCCAUGCCCGUUUCCUCCCAACCCAUGUGCUCCUGUUGUAGCAGUGACGCCUCGCUACCCCCGUGCCCUCCCCAUGCCUCAGUCUCUCCCAUGCCAAGGCCAGGGCUCUCCCAGCUUUCCUUCCUUCCCGGGAAAGGGGAGGGAGCUUCCCCUGUUGCUUCCCCACAUCCCCGCAGCGGAGCCAGGAGACUGUGACGAGCUCCGGGUGCGCGGAGCCAGCGGCAGAUUCCUGGCACCGGCAGGGCGGCCGGCAGCCAUCGCCCGCCUCCUCCUCCCCGCUCAGCCCUGCUCGCUCCCCGCCGUUCCCCCCAGGCUGCACCACGGCGGUGGGCACCAGGCGGUGACGCUGGCACGGCCACGCAGCCCCCGGCCCUCCCCUGUCACCGGAUCCCAGGCCAACAGAGACAACGGGAGAGAGGAGCAGGGACAGGCCUUCCCAUGGUGUCUGCUCCCUGCCCACCACCGCUGCUGCCCUCAUCAGCCUGGGCACAUGUGGGUGAAGACCAGAAUCCGUGCUGGGUGCUGCUCCCAUGCCCUCGGCCACAGCACCUCCCUGGGACCCCAGGUCUUGUUCUCAUGCUUGUGGGAACGGUCCUGUGGUCCUGCUCUGGGAUUGCCCUCUGCACUGGGAUUUGGGGAUGCCAAAGGCACAUGUUGUGGGGGCUCGCAGCUCCCGCUUGCCCAUGCCGCCGCCUAUAAAGCGGGGCCGGGGCCGGCGGCCGGGCAGAGGCGGUGGCAGCGGAGGCGGCAGGCAGCGCCCGGCCCCCCCUCCCCGCCCCCGGCCGCCCGGUUCCCCCGGUUCCCCGGCACCAUGCGCACCGCCCUGCUGCUGCUCGCCCUGCUCGCCCUGCCCGCCCGCACCGCCCGCCCCAAGCUCGCCCUGCCCAUCCGGCCCGACAGCGAGCCGCUGCCCCCCGGGGGGGCGGCAGGUUGUGCCUUCGGGGGGCAUUUCUAUGCGCUGGAGGAGACGUGGCACCCCGACUUGGGGGAGCCCUUCGGGGUGAUGCGCUGCGUGAUCUGCCAUUGCGAGACGCAGAGGAAUCGCCGAGGGAAACCAGUGGGGAAAGUGAACUGCAAGAACAUGAAGCAGGAUUGCCCUGUUCCCACCUGCCCCCGUGCCACGCUGUUGCCCGGGCACUGCUGCCACACCUGUCCCAAAGCAUUGCCAGGACCCCUGGAGAAGAGCUCUGAGCCACCUUUCGACACCUUUGAGUACUUCCAGGACAAGGAGGAUGAGAUGGACAAGCCGUACAACGACCGCUCCUACCUCAGCUCCGAAGGUUUGGCACGCGACGAUGCCCGCACAGAAUUCGUGGCCCUGCUGACAAGUGGCCCGGAGCCGUGGCACCCCACAUCCAGCGCGGUGGCCAAGGCUCGCUUCACCCUGCUGCGCUCCUACCUGCUCUUCUCCAUCAGCUACGAGCGGCUGGGCCGGCCGAGCCGGGUGCGUUUCAGCGACCCUGAGGGCACCGUGCUGUUUGAGCACCCAGUACAGAAGAGCGCAGCCCCUGAGGAUGGCAUGCUCUGUGGGAUGUGGAGGACGGUGUCCAAAGCCAACAUACAACUGCUGCGUGCUGAGCAGCUCCGCGUGUCCCUCAUCACCCGUGCGCAGCCCUCUGGAGAGGUGCACGGGCACAUCCUCAAGCACCGCGCGCUCUUUGCAGAGACAUUUGGUGCUAUCCUGACCUCAUCAGACCCCGCACAUCUUGGGGCCGGGGGCAUGGCCAUGCUGACGCUGAGCGACACCGAGAACAACCUACACUUCAUCCUCAUGGCCCGUGGGCUGCUGGAGCCGGGCGCUGGGGAGUCCCCCUGGGUACCGCUGCGGGUCCGUAUCCUGCACCAAGGCCAGACGCUUCGUGAGGUGCAUGCCAACAUCACUAUGGAGGACCCCGACUUUGCGGAGGUGCUGAGUGACCUGUCCACCCAUGAGCUGCAGUGGUUGGCACAGGGGCAGCUCCGCAUCGUGGCUGACACCGAGGGUCAGCACCCGCGCCAGCUGGAGGGCACCAUUACUGCCCGCCGCAGCUGUGACACCAUCCAAAGCGUGCUGUGCGGCGCAGACGCAUUGCAGCCCACCAAGACGGGGGCGGUGGGCUCAGCCAAGCUGGCGCUGCAUGAGAACGGCACGCUGGAAUACCAGGUGCGGGUGGUGGGCACAGCCAGCGAGGUGGUGGGGGUCACACUGGAGACCAAACCGCGGCGGAAGAACAAGAGGAACGUCCUCUUUGACAUGACCCCCAGCUAUAGGGACGGGCUGGCUCAGGGAGUGUGGCACAGCCCCAGUGCCCGCGAUGCGCACAUGCUGCUGCAGAACGAGCUCUUCCUCAACGUGGCCACCAAGGAUUGGGUAGAGGGUGAGCUGAGGGGCCAGGUCAUCUCCCUGCCCUACAGUGGGCUCUUGGCACGCUACACAGAGAUGCCAGUGCCGUUGGCGGGGCAGCUGGUAUCCCCCGCAGUGAGCAGCGGGGCCGGGGGCCAUGCAUGGCUGUCGCUGGAUGAGCACUGCCACCUGCACUACGAGAUUGUGGUGGCGGGGCUGGGCCGCCCAGCUGAUGGCACAGUCAGCGCCCAGCUGCACGGUGUGGCCGAGCUGGGCGAGAUGGGCUCACGGCCACACCUGCACAAGCGGAUGCUCAAGGGGUUCUAUGGCACUGAGGCUCAGGGGGUGGUGAAGGACCUGGACGCUGAGCUUCUGCAGCACCUAGCACAGGGCACUGCGUUCCUGCAAGUCAGCACCAAGGCACACCCACGUGGGGAGAUGCGGGGAUGGGUGCACAUCCCCAACCGCUGCCAGGCAGGAGGGGCCCGCCUGUCCACCGGGGAGGCUGGGCUCUCAGAGGGCCCCAAAAGCAGGGAUGUAGAACAGCUGAAAAAGGACCCCAACUCCUGCUUCUUCGAGGGGCAGCACCGUGCACAUGGCACCCGCUGGGCACCUGACUACGACAAGAAGUGCUCCAUCUGCAGCUGCCAGAAGCGCACAGUGAUCUGCGAUCCCAUCCUGUGCCAGCCCCUCAACUGUACCCGCCAGGUGCACCCUGAGGAGCUGUGCUGCCCCGUCUGUGAAGAGAAGAAGAUGGAGCAGGAGCAGCUGAAGCUGGAACGGGCACGGGACAGCAGUGAGGGCUGCUACUUUGAUGGGGACAAGACGUGGCGAGGCUCUGGCACCCGCUGGCACCCCGUCGUGCCACCGUUCGGCCUCAUCAAAUGUGCCAUCUGCACCUGCAAGGGCACCACGGGUGAAGUGCACUGUGAGAAGGUGCAGUGCCCACGCCUCACCUGUGCCAACCCUGUGCGCGUCAGCCCCUCCGACUGCUGCAAGCAGUGCCCAGCCCCUGAGAAGAGUGUCCCUGAGCUGACCGAUGGCAUGCAGGCAGACGGACCCCGUGCGUGCCGCUUUGGGCGCCGCUGGUACCUCAACAAUGAGAGCUGGCACCCCUCGGUGCCACCCUUUGGGGAGAUGAAGUGCAUCCUGUGCUGGUGUGUGUCAGGAGAGACGCACUGCCAGCGCCAGGAGUGCCCGCCAGGUGCCUGUGCCAGCCCCAGCAGGAGGGACAACCCCUGCUGUGCCAAGUGUCGCGCCCUGGAUGCACCCCCAGAAAAGAUGCACGAAGCCACAGCAGAGUCAUGGAGCCACUGAGCAGUGAGCGCAGCUUGAGAGCGCAGCGAUGCCGGAUGGCCCUACAGAGCCCCAUCGCCCCCCCCCCACGGCUGGGCACGGGGCACAGAGGAGCAGGGAUGGGGAAGGCACCCCCUCUGGGCACGGCUGCAGUGCUGAGCCACCCUAGCAGCCAGCAGCAGGGCUGGGGGAGCCAGGACACUCUGCACUCGCACUCACGAGCUCCCGGCUGGUGGGCGCAGCAGGCAUCGUGCCCGCUUUGUACAUAGUGUAAAAUCCCUCUCACCCCCGUUUCGCUGUGCCCACCCCAGUUCGUCUGGACUUGGUGUGUAAUUUAUAGGGACGGGGGUCCCAAAUGUAUUUAUUAAAGACAGAGAUAUUGCCCA